CUGGUGAUUGUCUGUGAAGCAGAGCAGAGAGUUAGAGAGAGAGCGACAGAGACAGAGUGAGUGAGAGUGAAAUCACAUGCACUCCCUAUAAUGGUCGGUUAAAAGCAGACAUAUUAACAGACGUCCUCACUUAACUGAAUAGAAAGACUUUUUUGUUCUGUUUCUACUUUUUUUUUUUCUUUACCAGGAUUAUGUUUCUUACGUGUCAGUCUGAAGAUUUUUUUCUCCUGAACACCUGUUGAAAACACAGAGACAUGUUGCUCAGGAGGGGGCGCUGCAACCACAGCCUGUCCUGAAUGUGUGCAGCAGCCAACUAUGUGCUCCCAUUGAGGAGACACAGUGAGGGCUUGGCGAAUCCUGGCAGGCUGUGUGGGGGGGUAUCGAUGCCCACCCAUGCCCCUGGAGCCUGGUCACAUGGAGCCCCCCACCCACACGACGAAGAGAUGGACUUGGCCUGGCAGGAACUGAUGACCAUUACUGAGCUUCAGGAGUUUGAGGUCCCACAUGACAGCCCAUAUGAAAAUAUUCAGUACCAUCCCAUGGAGCUGCCCAUCUCUCUGGGAGGUUAUGGCAUGGCUCAGGCUCACUCUCAUACAGAGCCCCUCCGCUGUGGUGGUGAGACAAAUCCUGAUGCUGCUUAUGAGGGAUCCUACUCUAAAGUAAUGCCAGCUUGCCAACAUCAGGCCACCAGGGAAGCAGCAGCAGAGGCACUGUACGGACAUUCUGGAAACCAUUCUGGAGCCCAGCUGAACCCCAGAGUUCUGAACCCUCUACAGCCCUCGCUGAUGGGCCUUCUAGAGCAUAUGAGUCUGCCGAGCGUCGGUGGUGAGGGACUUGUUGGAAACGACAAUGCUGGCCCCUCUCAGGGCCCGGGUCGGUACGUGCUAGGGACAAGUCAUGGGCAGAGCAAACACCCGCCAUGCACUGUGGAUGAUCUGGAAUCUGACUCUGGCCUAUCUCUGGGGUCCAGCCCACCACUAGCCUCACCAGAUGAUGCCAUGACUGGUGUCCCUGCUUAUUUAAGCACAGAGGUUGGUCUGAACUAUAGUCACAGGGAGAUGGAGAAUAUGGGUGAGCAAGGAAGGAGAGCUAGCCUCUUUUACUCUGUGGACUAUCAGCAGCAUCCCAAUCACCCCUACCACUACUCAGGGAUGCACUCCUCUUACUUUCCUGUAACACAACCAUCCCAAAUGCAACCACAGCCUCACUUCCUGCCUCCCAUAUCAAUGAAACAUCAACCAGGUUUACCCAGUGCCUUGAACGACCGGCAUCUUAACAGCUCUGCCACCAGAGAGAGCUCUCCCCAGGCGUUCUAUGUAAAACCCAGAGGUAACCCACUUCCUGUCCCUCUGAGCCGGGAUGAACGCCGAGCCCUCGCCCUCAAGAUCCAUUUCCCUCUAGAGAAGAUCAUCAACCUACCUGUGGAUGACUUCAACGAGCUCCUGACACAGUACACCCUCACGGACUCCCAGCUCGCCCUCGUCAGAGACAUCCGCCGGCGGGGGAAGAACAAGGUGGCAGCCCAGAACUGCAGGAAGAGGAAACUGGAGAACAUUGUUUACCUGGAGGGGGAGUUGGGUCAGCUACAGGCCCAGAGGGAACACCUGGCCAGGGAGAGGUUGGAGUUCCAACGCAACAUGACUAUUGUUAAACACCGCCUCACAGACUUGUAUGCUGAAGUCUUUUCUCAGCUCCGGGAUGAGGAUGGACAUCCCUACUCUAUAGAUGACUACUCUCUACAGCAGACCCCUGAUGGGAACGUAUACUUGGUGCCUCGUAGUGAAGUGUUGGAGGGAGAAUAAUGUAAAGAUGAAAUCUAUUGGACAGUUAUUGUAUACUGCCUCAGUUUAUAUAUCAAUAUGAAAUUGUUGCUAAAUCUACAGUACAAUAAGUGCCAUUAAGGAUAUUUACAUACAAAACCAUGGAAAAGUGUAUGUAGAGAACAGAUAAAAUGGCAGCUAAAAUGGCACCAUGUUAAACAAACUAAUCAAUACUUAGAGCCUUUAGAAAGUAUUCAUACCCCUUGACUUAUUCCACAUUUAGUUGUUAUAGCCUGAAUUCAAAAUGGAUCAAAUAUACUGGACAAAAAUAUAAACGCAACAGUUCAUAUGAGGAAAUCAGUCAAUUGAAAUAAAUGCAUUAUGCCCAAAUCUAUGGAUUUCACAAGACUGGGAAUAGAUAUGCAUCUAUUGGUAACAGAUACCUUCAAUAAAAAUAGGCCUCAGGAUCUCGUCACAGUAUUUCUGUGCAUUCAAAUUGCCAUCCAUAAAAUGCAGUUGUGUUCGUUGUCCGUAGCUUAUGCUUGCCCAUACCAUAACCCCACCAUGUUUGUUCUCUGUUCACAUCAGCAAACCGCUUGCCCACGCCAUACACGAGGUCGGUGGUUGUGAGGCCGUUUGCCAAAUUCUCUAAAACGUUGGGGAGGCGGCUUCUGGUAUAGAAAUUAACAUUCAAAUUCCCUAGCAACAGCUAUGGUAGACAUUCCUGCAGUCAGCAUGACAAUUGCACGCUCCUUCAAAAUUUGAGACAUCUGUGGCAUUGUGUUGUAUGACAAAACUGCACAUUUUAGAGUGGCCUUUUAUUGUCCCCAGCACAAGGUGCAUCUGUGUACAAUUCAGCAGUGUAUUGAUCAUGCUGUUUAAUCAGUUUCUUCAUAUGCCACACCUGUCAGGUGGAUGGAUUAUCUUGGCAGAGGGGAAAUUCUCACUAACAGGGACAUAAACAAAUUUGUGCACAACAUUUGAGAGAAAUAAGCUUUUUGUGUGUAUGGGACAUUUAUGGGAUCUUUUAUUUCAGCUCAUGAAACAUGGGACCAACACUUUGCAUGUUGCGUUUAUAUUUUUGUUCAGCUACACAAAAUACCCUAUAAUGACAGUGAAAACAUGUUUCAAGAAAUGUUUGCAAAUGCAUUGAAAAUUAAAUAGACAUCUCAUUUGCAUUAGUGUUCCCACCCGAGUCAACACGUGAUAUCCCCUUUGGCAGCAAAUACAGCAGAGUCUUUCUGGGUAAGUCUAAGAGCUUUGCACACCUGGAUUGUACAAUAUUUGCACAUUAUAUUUUUUAUUCUUCAAGCUCUGUCAAGUUGGUUGAGCAUUGCGUGACAGCUAUUUUCCCAUCUUGCCAUAGAUUUAAACAGAUUUUAUUCAAAACUAUGCCACACAGCAACAUUCAAUGACGUCUUGGUAUAUCACUACAGUGUAUAUUUGGCCUUGUGUUUUAAGUUGUCCUGCUGAAAGGUGAAUGCGUUGCCUGAAAAGCAGACCAGGUUUUCCUCUAUUUCAACUGUGCAUAGCUCUAUUCAGUUUGUUUUUAUCAUGAAAAAUUCCCUAGUCCUUGCCGAUGACAAGCAUACCCAUAACAUGAUACAGGCACCACCACGCUUGAAAAUAUGGUCUUGGAUUUGCCUCUAACAUAACACUUUGUAUUCAGGGCAGUUAAUUUCUUUGCCACAUUACUUUUGUGCCUUACUGCAAAUAGUAUGCAUGUUUUGGAAAAUGUCUAUACAGGCUUCCUUUUCACUGUCAUUUAGGUUAGUAUUGCAGAGUAACUAAACUGUUGACCCAUCCUCAGUUCUUUCACAGCCAUAAAACUGUUAAAAUCACCAUUGGCCUCAUGGUGAAAUCCCCGAGUGGUUUCCUUCCGCUCCAGCAACAGAGUUAGGAAGGCCGCCUGUAUCUUUGUAGUGACUUGUAUUGAUACAUCACAAGUCUAAUUAGUAACUUAACCAUGCUCAGGGAUAUUUAAUAUAUACCAAUAGGUGCCCUUUGCGAGGCAUUGGAAAACCUCCCUGGUCUUGGAGGUCAAAUCGGUUGAAAUUCCGUUUGACGGAAUUAUAAAUAAAUUUAAAAAUAAUCAGCAGUUGGUGCAACUUAAGCACAUUUUCUCCUGAAAUUUAUGCUAAACUACAAACAAAAAAAUCCACCUUGAUAUGGGGUAUUGUAUGUAGGCCAGUGACAGGCUCAAUAUAAAAUGUUAAAUUCAGGCUGUGACAAUGUGGAGAAAGUCAAGUCACUUUGAAGGCACUGUAGUAACAUGAGCUAACCAGUCAUAUGCCUAUGCUCGUUCUGGAUACAAUAAGUCUUAAAUGUAAAAUGUACACCUGGGAAUUCUAUUGUAAAAUUGUCCCUGUAUACCAGAAUAUGAAAAUUGUGUACAGUGUGGUAGUUGAACAGUAUUUAUAAUAUGAGGAAAAGUAUGUUGGUAAAAAAUAUUUUAUUGAUAAAACAGGAAGUGGGUAAAACAGGUUAACAUCCUGCACAGCAGUCUUUGCAGUAUAAAAAUAGCCAAUUGCAUCUUCCCAGUCACCCUAAAAGAGAACAGACCAUUGUUUAAAAUCAGGACAGCCUCACAAUCCCUUAAUAUUUCCAAGUUAUCAAAAAGGUUAUUGUAGCUUACUAUAUGCAAUGCAACAAUGUUCCGCUUAAAAUCAUGCUUUUGGAUAGCUGUCCUUUCGAUCAGUCAUUUUCCUAGAAAGCACCAGAGGAAAAGGAGACAAAUGAGUAUCAGAAGAUAAACCAAUGAAAGGCGUUAUUCUGAUAUAUUCCAUGAUUUGACUGCAAAAUAUAUUCCAUGAUUUGACUGCAAACGUCAGCAUGCAUUAUGAGAUUGGCACGCCGGUAAAGACCAUGUUACGCAAAAGGUCCAGACCGUUGUAUUAGAUGGGGGCAUUGGUUUCUAAUAAAACACUGCACAUCCAAAUAAAACGUACACGGUCAUUAAUGCUAUACUAUUAAUUUCUACAAUAAAACUAGUGUUUGCUCAUACCAACUACAGAACAUGUUAUUCAAACUGACAGUAGUUGGAAAAGUCUUCUUACCUACAGGCGGCAUCUAAGCGCUUUGGGAGCUGCUGUCUGCUAGUCUCACAUGCCUUCUUGCUACUCACUCUCCUGCUUCACACUGCUCCUUCCUGCCAGGCGAUGGGUUUGUUUGCUACGUCUCUCCCUCAGCUCAGCUGGCUUCCAUGGCUGGCUAGCCUCAAGACUGCAUCAUGUAAGCUAGCCUUCUGCUGGCAGCUGUACUGUCUGACAGGCAAGUCUGAUCUAGCCAUCCAACUCACGUCUCUGGUGCAGUUCUCAAAGAGAUGGGCUCUCUGUGUGGACUUAGUAUUUGUACUACCAUAACUUCAUCCAUUGGAGUUCAUCAAGGACUUCAACGCUAUUGUAACACUACUUGGUUACAAACCUUCCAUUGAUGUGCUGGGAUAUGAGAUGUUCUACAUUCUGUAGUAUGUGCAUUGGAACAGACUAAGAAUGUCUCGUGUAAGAAAGGAAUAAAGCAUAUUGGGCUAGGCAGUCUCCAUUGACAGGUGGUACUUCAUCUUCUAAAGAAUGGCCAUUGACUGCAUCUUUCAUUCAAAUGUGGAUUUGUAUACAGUCUAAUGCAUUAAAACAAACCAGAAGAGAACCUCCCCCUCCCACCCAAUCCCCUAAAAGAGAGGCUAACAAGACUGAACGACAGUUUAAAAAAACUGAAAGGUGGUUUAUUUCAACUUGAUUGUUGCAGUUACACAAAUAAAAACCAUAGAUGCAAAAUCUACAUAAAACCUCAUUGGAAUGCUUGCUUUCCAGAAACA